GGAAAAAAGCAACAUGGCACUCCAUGCAUGGGGACGUCUUUGGUCAGCUACAAAAAGAAUAUGUCAGCAAGCUGUGUAUGCAGAACCUCACAUAUCUGCACUGCGAACAACGAGCUAUACAUGUUACCAACCUCUUAUCUUGAGGAAGUACUGUGACUCUGUUGAUGGAUCCAAGAAACCCUCAAACUCCGAUUCUGAGACCGAGAUGACCCUGAAAGCUAGAUAUGAAAGGAGAAAUGGUCCAGUCCUACCAUACAACUUGUCUAAUAGACGUCAUUACCGCCGAAGAGCGGUAUUUUCUACUAGAGAUUUAGAGAAACUACUUGCAGAAAUGGAAGAAAAACAAUCUUUUAAAAGUGAUAAACCUGCAAAGAUGAGAAUUGACCCAUAUGAACCAGAACAAAGGAAGUGCAUACUUUGUAAAGCAGAUGUUCCAGUUGACUACAAAAAUGUUCGCCUGUUGAGUCAGUUUGUGUCGCCCUACACUGGACGCAUCUUUGGUAGACACCAAACAGGCUUAUGUGUUCACAUGCAGAAAAAAAUCUCCGUUUCCAUCAUUAGGGCACAGAAUGCUGGAUUCAUGCCGAAAAUGCACAGAGAUCGAUCUUUUAUACAUGAUCCAAAGCUCUACGAUAUAUUUGCCAGACAGAGAAAAGAAAACUUCAAAAAAUGAUGAAAAACUUUCACAAUAAGUCAACACAUAAUUUUGAAGUGUGGGAUGGAAAAUAGUGUCACAUCUGGAAAUUUUUCCUUGUGAAAUACAUUGGUGUAUACAUGUUACAAAUGAAGAUAAUCAGUAUGUUGUUGUGUGGAGCAAAAGUUUUCCAGGAAUGCUUUAGGAUUCUUUUAUACUGAUUGUAAAAAAAUUAUCUAUAAUAAAAGUCAUAUAAACAUUUAA